CCGCACGCAGAGAUCACUCGGGCCUGUGGCUGCCACUCACCGUUCAGAACUGGUCUCUCAAAUGCCGAUUAAGUUUCUCGGUUAACCAGUUUGCAUGUAACAGUUUAACGUAAAGCAAUGUAUCACCUAAAGAUAACACGGAAAACGGAGCCCCUGUCAAAACAGUGGGACAGAAAGGCUGAGAAAAGCGGGCUGCGCCACACCGUGUACUCGGUGAACGGGGAUGAAUACACGGGCGAGUGGCUGCACAACAAGAAACACGGAAAAGGAAGUCAGGUUUGGAAGAAAGCUGGAGCUGUAUAUGACGGAGACUGGAAAUUUGGGAAGCGCGAUGGCUACGGGACACUGAGGAAGUUACAACCGUCAUCUGCUCAGUAUGUCAGGGUGUACUCGGGGGCCUGGAAAAACGACAAGAAGGAGGGUUAUGGGACGCACUUUUACAGCGCGACUGCGUGUUACGAGGGUGAAUGGCUGGAGAAUGAGCGCAACGGGUGGGGCAGAAUGCGCUAUGAAAACGGAGACAUUUACGAGGGACAGUGGCUCAGGGACAGACGCCACGGUCAGGGCUUGCUCCUUCUGGCCAAUCACAACAGGUACGAGGGGAGCUGGGAGGAUGGGAGGGAAAAUGGAUACGGACGCUUUUACUUCCUGGAUAAGGGCAGAGUGUACGAGGGCUUCUGGGUUGACGGGGUCCCCAAAUGUGGAACAGUGUGUGAUCUUGGAAGAGACCACGCACCAAGACCACCCACGUACCCAAUCCCUGAGGUGCGUGUGCAGGACGUGGACUCUGUGCUGAUGGAGGGUGUAGCACGUUAUUCCGCCGUGAGAAGUAAAGCAGGCAGGCAGUGCGGAGGAUGUGACCACACACAGCCUGUCUGAGUGAAAUCUACACUCCGUCAGUCAGCUUCAACAUCCCAGCAUCCAGCGCAAGAGCACACAGCAAAAUCACACGUGUAAAACAAUGAGUCCAUUAUACGCUUCACAGAUCCUGUAACAUUGGUACAGAGGAACGAUGAGAGACGCACAUCUCAGCAUGAGCUUUACUUUUAUUUGUUUAAGACUAUGAAGUUCAUGAUAAAUUAAUGAAAAGCUUCCAGAUAAUCCAAUAAUUGAACCAUACAAAAAUUGGUUCUAACAUACAAUUCAUGUAUUUGGAAAUAAUUUUGUUUAAUUGUAUUUGGCAAUACAAAACCACCAAACUCCAAGGCCACUCAGUGUAAUGCUGGAAGGACACCACCAUAACGCCAAGAUUAGUCCUCAAAACACGGUGUCCCAGGGCUGAAGUCAGUUUCACAGAAUAACACACAAAGUGCUUAUAUACUAUACCUACUUUAAAAAAACAAAAAGGGGCAUUUCUAAAAAUGUGUGAUCAUGAAAUAUAAGAUCAAAUUUGGCACAUAUUGAUGUUUAGAAUAUUGAGGUUCUAGCUGGAACUGAAAGCCAUUGGGGGAAAACAACAACUUUGAUCCAGAUCUGGAACUUAUGAAUGAAUAAAACCUCUAUUCUGAUGAUCAGACAUCAGUGUGAAAGCUUGCGCUCUGAAGGCCAGUCCACCAAAUCACGUAGAACAUUUAAAAACGUAGCUUGCCUUGUUCUCUACACCAGACUGCUGUUGCUGUGUGAGACGAACACUGUACCUCUAAUGAUUUAUGAUUAAAGAGGACGUUCAUCCA